AUUGUAUUCAUUGCCGAAAUCACCGUAAUAUCCAUGGUGCUGAAGUUAAUGUUAUUGGCAGUGAUCUUCACUGCAGUUUACGCUGAAAUUUUGAAUGCCAAUGAUGCGCAAACGUGUCUGGACCUCUGCAACAGCUGUCAGGGGACAGGAUCGUUCGUUGAUGGGCGCUGCGAGUGCUACGUUCCUGAUGGAAAUGAUGAGCAGGGCGAAUGUAUGACGAGGAUUAAGAGACAGGCUGAUGAUUUGGGAAUGGAUUUUAUGGACUGUGAAGCUGCUACUGCAGAGAGACCUGCCAGGUGUAACUUGAGGACGCACCAUAUUAGAACAAGUGAUGCUCAGCGCAUAGCAAACUACUACAUGAAAGGUGUCCUUGGAUCCCCAAUGGUUCAACCUCAAUGUGACACCGAUAAUGCGGUGAGUGCGCCAAAUGUCCAAACUCAGACCCAACCGGAGCCAGUGGAAUACCCAGAUUCUCAGCUAUCUUUCUCUCCAAACUCUAAUGCUCACUAUUCAGCCUCAGACAGUAUCGUCGGUGCACCACUCCUAUCAACGCUACCCUACAACUACCCACAUAUAUUACAUAGACAGCAGUCUUUACGAAUUCCUCAUCCACAUGGGUGGCCUCAAUCUUUGCCAUUGAAGAUUAAUCCUGUUCAUCCUCCACUGUAUUUGCAUUCUCCUCUUCAUUCGCCUCUUCAUUAUUCUCUUCUUUCUCCUCUUCAUUCUCCCCUUCAUUAUUCAUUGAUUUCUCCUCUUCAAUCUCAUCUUCGCCAUCCUAUUCUUGGUGCUUCACAGAUGGAGGAACCAACGGAAAAUAUCGUGAGUGCAGCACAUAAGUCAUAUAUCCCUCCAAUUCAAAUGAUAAAAGAAAGACCCCAGAUGCUAGCAGCUCCAAGACCUAUAGUCGUCCAGCCUGGAUACAGUCCCCAACCUAGGGUAGCUGCUCCACUGUCUAAUGAACUGUUAACUUUCCUCCAACAAACGCUUGUGCACCAAAAUGCAAUCCUGGAAGCGAUACAACGACAUUUGGACAGGCCUGAGGUGAAUUUAAGUAUUCCGAGGGUUAUCUACCCACCAGAGGAGUCCAAACUGGGGGCACCAGCCCCAAAAUUCUGCCCUGGACACAACAAGUUUCAGGAAUCUGUCCUAGGAUCUCCGAAGAAAACUGAAUGUAAUAAACAGAGAGCUGCUAGGAUGUCUCCAGCUAUUGAGACACUUGUCGAAGGAAUACCGAAAAUUCAAAAAAUGGAUGAGAUGGAACACUUGGAGAAAAUAGGAGAAAUUGGAAAUGAACAGUUGGAAAAAAAUGAAAAAUUGAGGAGAGAUGAAACGAGUGAGAGACCUCUCAGGGAAACUAGACCCAAUGUCAAUGGACGCCAGAGGAAGAGGGAAUUGAAGAAAAUUGUUGAGAGCAAGUCUGCUUGAACUUGUAACAAUUAAUAUGAUUUUUGUAUUUUUUUAAUAUGAUCAUUUUGAUAUUAUUUUCAUGAUAACUGUUGUGUAUUUUGUAUCAUUUAAUUGAAUGAAUUGUGAAAGAGAAAUGUU